AUGGCUGCCAUGGUGGAACAAAUGGUUGCGAUUGUCUGCAUGCUGGGCGGUGUUUCUCAUAUUAUGGCUGUUGUUUCUGUACGCAAGAAGCUUACAGUUGAAACACCAGUACCUGGUGAUGAUGGUGGCACUGUGACCUGUGAGUAUCCAACUGUUCAGAGUGUUGUAUUUGGGUAUCUCUCUGUAGCAUUUCUUAUUGCAUGCACCAUGUUUGGAUAUAUUUUUGUGUUUUACCCUUAUAAAGGAAAGUCUGUCCCACAAAGGGUUAUGCUUAAACACACCAGUUUCACAAUAUGCUUCUACAUUGCCUUUUUUACCUUUGGAUUAACUGCAAAUUUGUUGUUAUGGACAACAAUCAGGGAUCAGGCUCACCUGACAAACAAUGUACACAGUGAUCUCAUCUGUAAAACUGAUACCCUAGGAGUUGGUUCAAUUUUUUCUGUUUAUUCAACUAUGCUUUGGUUGGCUGCCCUCAUGUAUGCUGACAAUGCUCGAGGAAUGUUUUGA